AUGCAGGUUUUGGAGGUUCUGGCCAUCAUUUUUGUGGCAGUGUUCCUGGACAACAUCGAACCGAGAUCUGAUUGUUGCUUCUCAAUCCCAUUGACCCUGUACAGUGGGUUUGAGCAAAGCUUCCUUGCUGGCGAAUACACAAAGAACUAUGUGACCUGUGCGAUAGGAAUACACUACGUCGGCUUUGUGAUGAUCUGCUUUGGUGCUUCUAACUCCCUGUGCUCAUUCGCAUUUGGUAGACUGGCUCAAUACACUGGAAGACUCGCUCUCUUUUGCUUGGCUGCAGUGACAAACCUGGGCUGUUUUCUGGGUCUUUUGUACUGGAAGCCUCAUCCAGACCAGCUGGGCAUGUUCUUUGUGUUUCCGGCACUCUGGGGGAUGGCAGACGCUGUGUGGCAAACACAAACCAAUGCACUUUAUGGCAUUCUCUUUGCUAAGGACAAAGAAGCAGCAUUUGCCAACUACCGCAUAUGGGAGUCCCUCGGUUUUGCCAUAGCCUUUGCUUACAGCACAUUCCUCUGCCUGUCCACCAAAAUCUACGUUGCUCUGUCUGUUCUUGCCCUUACCGUGGUUACUUACCUUUACGCUGAGUACAACGAGUACAAGCAUCCAACUCCACAAGUGACUAAUGACGACUUGCUUUAACCAGAAAAUGAGGACUUCAAAGAAUUAAAUGACAAAGAUAUUAUCUCUCAGACAAAAAGUGUAAAUUGAUUUUGGUAGAUUUUUCUGCCUCAGUAUUAGGGCUGGGCACAUUUUUUUCGAUUAAUCUUUUUUUAAAUUCCCCCAUUUUAAAUUUGUUUUAUCCAAUGAAAGGUUAGCUUUUUGUGAUUAAAAAAAAAAAAAAAAAAGAUCAAAAGGAUUCAUAAUGCAGAUUAAUUUUCACAUCCUUCUUUGAUCAUAUUACCAAGGAGGCUUACAUUUUUGGCCAUGACUAUAACAACCAAGUAAAGAUAACUAAAUAUAUCUAAGUGGAAUAGACCUUUAGUCCAACAAACUAGAUGCUCUUUUUAUUAAAGUUUUUUAGUUGAAAUAAUGCAUCCACCUGAAAGUUCACAUAACACAGUUAAUUUAAUUAAGUAAAUGAAACCAAUUUGUAAAAAUCAGUUACAAUGAAUACAAUGUUUACUAGAUUCAGUGAUUACUUUUUACAGUGAAAUAUGUGACAGACUUUCACAGUUUACACUAAACAUUUUUAUGACAGCUUUUAAAAAAGUGUAAGAUACAAAUGUUCUGUUUCCAUACAAAUUUUCUAUUUGCACUAUAUUUUCAGUUUUU